GGACUUGUUUUGGGUUCUUUGUCCUUACUUCAGGAAGAGGGCGAUAGGCGGAGAUGGUCCGAGAGGAGCUGGUCCGUCGUCUCAACGACAGAGAGUAUAUAAACUGGCUGAAAGCAGGACGGUGUCUGCUCAUACUGAAGAAUGGUCUCCACCGAUUCAUCAGCCAGCACAUGAAAAGUUUCCACGCGGAUCUGCUCAAUCAAAACACUGUGCUGCGGAAACAGUGUGUGACAUCAUGCAGACCGAGAGGGAAUAAACUUUCUGGAACAUGUAUGGUGUGUGCUGAGUGGCAGAGAGUGAUCAUUAAACACCACAGACAACCUGAUGCCACCAUGAACUGGGACAACUGUUUCCCUCCAGCCUGGAGAACAGACCACUGGGAAGUGGCUAAGGCCUACAUGCCACGAGGUCAGGGGAAAGUGAAGGGGGCAGAUCAGUUUGAUGCCUCCGCUCUGCUCAACCUCAUCAACUACUGUGAUUGUUUCCAGUCUGUGAAUCCAAAGUUAGUGAGAGAGGUGAUCCGAUACAGGAAUGAGUUAAUGCAUUCUUGUGAGAUGCAUAUGAAAGAUGAAUGGAUGAGAUGUUAUCAGAUCACUCUGAGACACUUUGUGCAGCAGUUCAGCCACGUGCCACAGAUGACAACAGCUGGACAAGAGAUAAAUGAGAUGCUGACCGCUGAUUUGUCAAUACGUGUCCCUGGUUCUGACCGACUGGACUCUGCUGUAUCAGAUGAAUUUGAGUGUGAUUCUGUCCACCAAUGGGAGACCAGCGCCGACUUAAUCGGCCAAUGGGAAGCUGAGUUGCUACAAGAGAGGCUGCAGGAGUUACUGUAUGAUUCUGAUGCAGCUGACGAUGCUGCGACAAAGACACAGGACACUGAGCAGUUGAGGAGGCUGGCUGGUUUCCUGCGGGCCAACGGAGACUUGGGCGAGAGGUUUUCUGCAGAGCUCCAAGCCAUCAACUCACUGGAGGUCGGAGAAUAAGAAGAGUAUUGAACACUACAUAUUUUAGUGAAUACUCAAAUAUCUUUAAACUGUAAUACAGAACAGUAUUUGAAUAAAAACUUAUAUUUUUCUUGUA